AUGCCGAUGGUGUUCUCAGUAAUAAAUCCCAAAAAGCCCCAGUUCAAGUUUGAGAGCAUCACAGUGGAGCCACUGCCAGGCAGCACCUCCACUAUGGCCAGCAUGGAGGUCUUCCCCUCCGUCAACAUUGCCAUGGUAUUCACUGCCAUGAACCCUAAUAAUGUGGGGAUUAGGUACAGCCCCUCCAAGUUCAAUGUCAUGUAUAAGGGAAUGCCAAUUGGGGUUGCUGCUAUACCCACCUUUUAUAAGCCCUCAAGCAGCUCUACGGCUGUGCAGACACAGUUGACUCAUCAACAGGAACAAUAUUUUGCAAGCUGCUGCACUUGA